AUGGGGUGUCGAAGGGAGUCCGUUACGGACGAGAAGUCCGUUGCCGUGACAGUAGGAAUUUCUGUCCAGGUGGAAGGUGGUAUAGCCAGUGAAACUUGGAGAUACCAAACCAAAAUAGGAAAACCGGGACCUAGAGCAACAGGCAUGGAGCCUAAAAACUCCAAGAAUAAGGAGAAAACAACUGAAUUAUCCAGAAUCAUAAUUCAGCAAAAAGCUGAUUAUGAAGCGCUGGUUGAGAAGAUGGGACAGCAAAUUAAAUCCCUCGAAGAGAGAAUGAGGAAUUAUGAACAAACGUUAAUUGCUAAAGACAAGCAAAUUAAGUCCUUAGAGGACAUUAUUAAAGAAAACAAUGCCGAUAACUACAAAUUGGCAGACACAAUUGUAGAAUUGAGAGAUGAGAUAAAAACUCAUGAGAAAAAAAUACAAGAACGUACACAAAUCGAAGACUGCCCUAUGGAAGGAGACUUCACGGAAAUACCAACCAAAAUAGGAAAACCGGGACCGAAAGCAACAGGCAUGGAGCCUAAAAACUCCAAGAAUAAGGAGAAAACAACUGAAUUAUCCAAAAUCAUAAUUCAGCAAAAAGCUGACUAUGAAGCGCUGGGACAACAAGUCAAAUCCCUCGAGGAGAAAAUGAAAAAUUUGGAAGAUACUAUAUACGAUAAAGACAGGCGAAUUGAGUACUUGAUGAUCGAAAAUAAAACACUGGAUGACGAAAACGACACAUUGGUAGAAGAAUUAAGAAAGAAGCUAACCGAAAUAGAUGAGUUGAAAACUCAAAUAGCACCAAUCGAAGACUGCCCUAUGGAAGGAGACUUCACGGAACAAAUGCGCAAACGUAGAAGGGUGGAGCCUAUUAGAAUUACGUACGUUGAUAUAAAAGAGAUGGACAUAAGUGCUGUUAACUGCGGGGGUAACUUUAGAUACCAAACCAAAAUAGGAAAACCGGGACCGAGAGCAACAGGCAUGGAGCCUAAAAACUCCAAGAAUAAGGAGAAAACAACUGAAUUAUCCAGAAUCAUAAUUCAGCAAAAAGCUGAUUAUGAAGCGCUGGUUGAGAAGAUGGGACAGCAAAUUAAAUCCCUCGAAGAGAGAAUGAGGAAUUAUGAACAAACGUUAAUUGCUAAAGACAAGCAAAUUAAGUCCUUAGAGGACAUUAUUAAAGAAAACAAUGCCGAUAACUACAAAUUGGCAGACACAAUUGUAGAAUUGAGAGAUGAGAUAAAAACUCAUGAGAAAAAAAUACAAGAACGUAACUUUAGAUACCAAACCAAAAUAGGAAAACCGGGACCGAGAGCAACAGGCAUGGAGCCUAAAAACUCCAAGAAUAAGGAGAAAACAACUGAAUUAUCCAGAAUCAUAAUUCAGCAAAAAGCUGAUUAUGAAGCGCUGGUUGAGAAGAUGGGACAGCAAAUUAAAUCCCUCGAAGAGAGAAUGAGGAAUUAUGAACAAACGUUAAUUGCUAAAGACAAGCAAAUUAAGUCCUUAGAGGACAUUAUUAAAGAAAACAAUGCCGAUAACUACAAAUUGGCAGACACAAUUGUAGAAUUGAGAGAUGAGAUAAAAACUCAUGAGAAAAAAAUACAAGAACGUAACUUUAGAUACCAAACCAAAAUAGGAAAACCGGGACCGAGAGCAACAGGCAUGGAGCCUAAAAACUCCAAGAAUAAGGAGAAAACAACUGAAUUAUCCAGAAUCAUAAUUCAGCAAAAAGCUGAUUAUGAAGCGCUGGUUGAGAAGAUGGGACAGCAAAUUAAAUCCCUCGAAGAGAGAAUGAGGAAUUAUGAACAAACGUUAAUUGCUAAAGACAAGCAAAUUAAGUCCUUAGAGGACAUUAUUAAAGAAAACAAUGCCGAUAACUACAAAUUGGCAGACACAAUUGUAGAAUUGAGAGAUGAGAUAAAAACUCAUGAGAAAAAAAUACAAGAACGUAACUUUAGAUACCAAACCAAAAUAGGAAAACCGGGACCGAGAGCAACAGGCAUGGAGCCUAAAAACUCCAAGAAUAAGGAGAAAACAACUGAAUUAUCCAGAAUCAUAAUUCAGCAAAAAGCUGAUUAUGAAGCGCUGGUUGAGAAGAUGGGACAGCAAAUUAAAUCCCUCGAAGAGAGAAUGAGGAAUUAUGAACAAACGUUAAUUGCUAAAGACAAGCAAAUUAAGUCCUUAGAGGACAUUAUUAAAGAAAACAAUGCCGAUAACUACAAAUUGGCAGACACAAUUGUAGAAUUGAGAGAUGAGAUAAAAACUCAUGAGAAAAAAAUACAAGAACGUACACAAAUCGAAGACUGCCCUAUGGAAGGAGACUUCACGGAA